AUGGUAGACGACGAUCGGGAUAGAAAAAGUCUUCAGCUGUACGAUUACAAAUAUAUUUUACUGUACACCGAUUUUUGGAACUUUCCAAAUUGGGUGCUUCCGGCGGAAACUGUUGGUUCGAAUUAUUUCCACAGUUACAAUUGUCCGAUAACAAAUUGUGUGUUAACAAGAAACCACAAAUUAUUGGAGCGACCAACUGACUACGAUGCCGUUGUGUUUCAUGUUGGCGCGCAAGGGGCAUUUUCGUUGUUUUCUAAAAUUCCAAGCACUCGCACCCCACGGCAAAUUUACGUGGCGGCAACCAUGGAAGCUCCCCCGCACACGUUCCACCCACUCGAAAAGGAUGCCAAUUUCUUCAACUGGACCAUGACCUAUCGAUCGGAUUCAGACGUCCUGUGGAUCUAUGCGGAGAUAUUGUCACUGGAGACUGGUUUGAGGGUCAGUCACACAGAAAAUCCUCAAUGGCUACCCUGGGAUCGUGACUAUCGGAAUGAAUCAUUACUGCAGCUAACGAGAAAAAAAUCUAAAGUGGCCGUCCAAUUUGCCUCACAUUGCGGUACAUUCUCCAAGCGACAGGAGUUGAUACAUGAAAUACAAAAAUAUAUACAAGUGGACGUCUACGGGAAAUGUGGAACAUUGGAGUGCCUCAAAUAUUCGAAUCAGUGCUACGAUGUUCUUGAUACUGACUAUUGGUUCUAUUUUGCAUUUGAAAACUGCCUCUGCACUGAUUACGCGACUGAGAAGUUGUAUGGAUCGUUGGAGAAGUAUGUGGUUCCCGUUGUUUUGGGUGGUGCAGAUUACCGGAAGUUUGCUCCACCACAUUCCUACAUUGACGCACAGCAGUUUAGUAGCAUCUCCAAACUUGUCGAAUAUCUCCGGUAUCUCAUGGAGCAUCCGCAGGAGUACGUUAAGUACUUUUGGUGGAAGCAACAUUACCGAAUCGUUGAGGCAGAACCGUUUUGUGAGCUGUGUCAGAAACUGCAUAAUCAACAGGAUGGCGAGCGAAUCCAGCAUUAUCGAAACAUCAAAACCUGGUGGUUUGACGAAAUGUGCCACCAAGAGCCCAAAAUUUGGUUCCCGAAAAAUAAUUGGUUUUGA